UACACCGCCUUUAAAUCCUGAACGAAAAAGAUACGUUUUCCCGGCCCCCUCUCAGCUCCUGUCCGAGCCGUCCGCCUCACAAAGGAUUUGCAGACGUUCGGGAAUUCCGCGUUUCAUUCCUUUUUUUAGAGCAGGAUAGGCCCGCCCCUUUCUUCAUUUGUCAACAGAAAGAGGAUUUGACAACACUGCGAAAGGACCGCCCAUCAUGCCCAAAUAAGGUUAAUUUGCCCAUACACGGCAAACAAUCGAUUUGAGUGUAACAUUUUCCCUUCCUUAUCCCGUUUAUAUGGUAGGUUCACUUCCGCCGUUGAUGUUAAAGCAGUGCUAUCAUGGCGGAGCGCGUUCAGCAGCCCCCAGCCAAACGGCUCUGCUGUAGACCGGGUUAUAAUACGAAUUGUAGACAGGGACAACGGGCCGGGGGUACGUUAUGUGGCGGUUCGGGUGCGGCCCAAGGUGGGUCGAGCAAAACCCUGAGUCCGGAGUCUCUGUUGGAUAUCUCGGCCCGGAAAGUGGCCGAGAAGUGGCCGUUUCAACGGGUAGAGGAGCGUUUUGAACGGAUCCCGGAGCCUGUACAGAGAAGGAUCGUUUACUGGUCGUUCCCCAGGAGUGAACGGGAGAUCUGCAUGUAUUCUUCGUUCAAUACGGGGGGAGAGGACAGUGGAACUAGCGGGGAAAAUAGUGAUGAGACGCGGCUGCCUUUCAGACGAGGUAUCGCUCUGUUGGAGAGCGGCUGUGUGGACAACGUAUUGCAAGUCGGGUUCCACCUCAGUGGAACAGUAACAGAACCGGCCACAGCGUCGGAACCCGAGCUCGUCUGCAGUGUGAGCGUCAGCUUCGACCGCUGCAAGAUCACCGCGGUAACGUGCGGCUGCGGCAACAAGGACAUCUUCUACUGCGCCCACGUUGUAGCGCUGGCCCUGUACCGUGUACGGAAGCCCGAGCAGGUCAAACUACACCUGCCCAUCUCAGAGACUCUGUUCCAGAUGAAUAGAGACCAGCUGCAGAAGUUUGUCCAGUACCUGAUAACAGUACACCACACCGAGGUGUUGCCCACUGCUCAGAAACUAGCUGAUGAGAUUCUGUCGACCAACUCUGAGAUCAACCAGGUCCAUGGGGCCCCGGACCCCACGGCAGGGGCCAGUGUAGAUGAUGAGAACUGUUGGCACCUGGAUGAGGAGCAGGUUCAGGAGCAGGUGAAACUCUUCCUCUCACAGGGAGGUUACCACGGCUCUGGGAAACAACUCAACCUUCUCUUCAGCAAGGUGAGAGAGAUGUUGAAGAUGCGUGACUCCAACGGUGCCAGAAUGUUAACGCUGAUCACAGAACAGUUUAUGGGCGACCCUCGCCUGGCUCUGUGGAGACAACAGGGAACCACCAUGACUGACAAAUACAGACAGCUGUGGGAUGAGCUAGGUGCCCUGUGGAUGUGUAUUGUGCUCAACCCCCACUGUAAGUCGGAGCAGAAGUGUGUGUGGCUGAGACAGCUGAGACGGUGGAACGGUGUUGACGUGUGUCCCUGGGAGGACGGAAACCACGGCAACGAACUGCCAAACCUCACACACGCACUGCCGCACGGCAACCCAGACUCGUCGUCUCGUCCUCACAGGACAGUGUUUACGAGGGCCAUCGAGGCCUGCGACCUGCACUGGCAGGACACGCACCUGCAGCGCAUCAUCACACACGACCUCUACACGCACUCACACGCACACUGUCACCACGACAACCAUGGCAGUGCAGGGGCACUGUUCGACGCCCGUGGCUGGCCCCUCUGGCAUGAGCACAUCCCUACAGCGUGUGCGAGGGUGGAUGCGCUGCGGUCACAUGGUUAUCCCAGGGAGGCCUUGCUGUUGGCCAUCGCUAUCGUCAACACUCUCAUACGGCAGCAACAGAAACAUCUUGAGCUCUUCCGCAGCCACAAAAAAGAGCUGCUCCAUAAAGGCAUGACAUCUGUCACCAACAUGGAGGGCUGGGUGGGACACCCCCUGGACCCUAUAGGCACUCUGUUCAGCACCUUACUGGACACGGGACGGGGAGACGAGGAGGGGCGCAACGCCUUCCUAGACUUCUCAGGCUCUGUGAGUACAGCCAAAAGGUCGGAGCCCCACCUCUUCCCAGCACAACGCUUACUGGACGAUGGCCAAUCGUUCGUAGCACUAGCCGUAGAGACUGCUCUGAUCGGCUUAGGGCAACAGAGGGUGAUGCCCGACGGCCUAUAUGCCCAGGAGAAGGUGUGUCGCAACGAAGAGCAGCUAUUGGCCAAGCUCCAGGAAGUGGAACUGGACGACGCACUGGUCAAGAUCUUCCGCAAGCAAGCAAUCUUCCUGCUAGAGGCUGGUCCAUACAGUGGUCUAGGAGAGUUGCUCUACAGAGAGAGUGUUCCCAUGCAUACCUUUGCCAAGUAUCUCUUCACAUCCCUACUACCUCACGACACAGAACUGGCGUACAAAAUUGCACUGAGAGCCAUGAGGUUACCGGUCCUGGAAUCCAUGGCCCCAUCAGGUGAUCUGUCCAGACCUCACCAUAUAGUGUCAAUGGUCCCUAAUCGCUACCCUCGCUGGUUCACUCUGUCUCACAUAGAGUCACAACAAUGUGAACUGGCCUCCACCAUGCUCACCGCAGCCAAAGGCGACGGGCGUAAGUUAGAAACGGUGUUAGAGUCCAUCCAGAAGAACAUCCACUCCUCGUCUCACAUCUUCAAACUGGCUCAGGACGCCUUCAAGAUCGCUACUCUGAUGGACAGUCUACCGGACAUCACAUUGCUCAAGGUCUCACUGGAGCUGGGUCUUCAGGUGAUGAGAAUGACUCUGUCCACGUUGAACUGGAGGAGGAGAGAGAUGGUACGGUGGCUUGUCACCUGUGCCACAGAAGUUGGUGUGUAUGCGUUGGAUAGCAUCAUGCAGAGUUGGUUCACCCUGUUCACCCCGACCGAGGCCACAAGCAUCGUUGCCACCACCGUCAUGUCCAACACCACCAUCGUCCGCCUGCACCUGGACUGUCACCAGCAGGAGAACCUGGCCUCCUCCGCCCGGACCCUGGCCCUGCAGUGUACCAUGAAGGACCCCCAGAACUGUGCCCUCUCCGCCCUCACGCUCUGCGAGAAGGACCACAUCGCCUUCGAGACAGCCUACCAGAUCGUCCUGGACGCGGCCGUCACGGGGAUGAGCUACACACAGCUCUUUACAAUAGCCAGGUACAUGGAGCACAGAGGAUAUCCCAUGAGGGCUUACAAGCUGGCCACGCUAGCCAUGGCCCACCUUAACCUCAGCUACAACCAGGACACCCACCCGGCUAUCAACGACGUGCUGUGGGCCUGCGCUCUGAGCCACUCUCUGGGGAAGAACGAGCUGACUGCCGUCAUCCCCCUGGUGGUGAAGAGCGUGAAGUGCGCCACUGUACUGUCAGACAUUUUGAGACGGUGCACGUUGACCACGCCGGGCAUGGUGGCGCUGCACAGCCGCAGGAACUCUGGGAAGCUGAUGUCGCUGGACAAGGCGCCGCUCAGGCAGCUGCUGGACGCCACUAUCGGGGCCUACAUCAACACCACGCACUCUCGCCUCACGCACAUCAGCCCGCGCCACUACAGCGAGUUCAUCGAGUUCCUCAGUAAGGCCAGAGAGACGUUCCUCAUGGCCCAGGACGGACACAUCCAGUUUACCCAGUUCAUAGACAACCUUAAACAGAUCUACAAGGGCAAGAAGAAACUCAUGAUGCUCGUACGGGAGAGGUUCGGUUGACGAAAGACUAAUAAACGUUUAAAAAAGACUUUUGUGAUUGGUCGACGACGGAUCUAUUGAGGUGAAGAGAUGGAGUGCGAUCACGCCCCCUUUUACUUGAUCCCGCCUUUGUAUCCUUUUGUAACUUAAAAAGUGACGGAAAAAAUGGAAAAUGGAAAGAAAAAACAGAAAACAAGAAAAACGAAACGACUAAAAACAAACAAUAAAAAAAGCCACAUCGGUAUUAAUGUGUAUAUAGACCCUAUUUAGUUCACAAACAAACAAAAAAAGAACAUUUGUUGAGGAAGUGUGUGUGUGUGUGUGUGUGUGUGUGUGUGUGUGUGUGUGUGUGUGUGUGUGUGUGUGUGUGUGUGUGUGUGUGUGUGUGUGUGUGUGUGUGUGUGUGUGUGUGUGUGUGUGUGUGUGUGUGUGUGUGUCUUUAUAUGUAUGAAGGAGAAGUGUGAGAGAGAGAGAAAUACAAUCUUUUGGUUUCCACUGAGUAUAUGUUGUCCAGUGGCGAGAUGUCCUCAUAGCACUCCAGUUCCCCUUCUGUUGAAAGCUCACAGAGACAAACACGGCUUAAACCAAACGGAGCAACUCCAUCAGACGUGACAAGUACCUCGUACGGACCCAGCUUUACUCCCCCCUUGUCCUCACCACUCAGUGUAGUCAAAGUGUGCAAACGGUAGAAGUAAAAGAACAACACAAACAAACAGUUCAUAUUUCUUGUUUUUCCUUUUUAUUUACUGUUUUUUGUUUCUUGAGUAACAGUGAUCACCAACUCCAGUCUGACUGUCUGCCAUGGCUUUGCAGUGUUGUUCACCCUGAUGCUACACACACACACACACACACACACACACACACACACACACACACACACACACACACACACACACACACACACACACACACACACACACACACUAAACAAGCAAAUAAACACAGAAAAACACACCCACACUCAGAAACACUGUAAACACACCCUUGCAGAAAACACACACUUAUACUGUCAUAGUGCUUGCGCUUGUGGAAACUUAGCAACUGUCAACAUACAUUCUCAGGGAUUUCUCUAAAAAAAAAAAGGAAAGUGAAAAAAGAAAGAGUGAGAGCAUUUUAUUGUACUGUGUAUAUAUAAUAGUAUAUGUCUGAAUAGUGAAAAACAAAUGUAUACGUUAACUAAUUUAUAAAUAAUAUUCUAUGUAAUGCAAAAUACUUGAAGCUGCAGUACCUUGGUUUUUAUAGCAAAAACAUAUCAGAAGGACAAUUAAAAUGUGUCGCCUUGCGUUGCAUCAUCAGGGGCCAGGACAAAGGUCAAAGGUUAGGGGUCACUUCAGUAGGACUGUUAGCUGGGUGACCCCGCCGAGACAGACAGACUGACACCCACUGGACUGCUUGACAGGAACUGGCUGUUUGCAAAACAGGACAUGGAUGUUGUAUUUUGUAUGGACCAGCAAAAUAUAUAUAUCCUCCAGUUGUAGACACAGUUUCAUUGGGCACCGCAGAAGAAGAGGAAAGAGAGAGAGAGAGAGACUUCCCAGGAGCCAGAUCAGUGAGCCUUAGCGUUACAGAUGCAGAACAAGGGCCCAGUGCCUAUGAAGCCGUCAAAUGUAGAUCUGACAAAACCCCUGACUCUUUACUAAUAAUCAGCGUAUAAAUUUGGCCUGACCACGCCUCCUGUCUCCUUCCGCAGUGAUCAAGUUACAAAAAAAGAAGCUCCAUUAUAUGCACAACAACCAACCAACAACAUGUUACAUGCCUCCACACAACCAACCAACAUGUACAACAUGCCUCUUCUGCUGACUCCCUGACUUUGUGCAGGACAGACAGUUGCUAUGUAGGUCUUGACUGUUCCAACGUUUUUUAACGCUUUUUGUUAUUUAUGUUUCUCUCUUUUUGAAUUUUUAAAAUUUCUCUCUAGAAUUCCUCAACGAGAACAGCCUUCUUUCUUGCCUUGUCUUAAUGCUUUAAAACAACCAAACGGGAGUUCUAACUACCAAACUUCGUUCAUUAAAUUUAAAGCCAACCAACUUUGGUUACAACUUUUAGUGUCUUUAAUUUUUAGCUGACUGGUUUUGUGUUCAGUGCUUUGAAAAUCCAUUCUCCUCUGUUUGUUUUUGGGGUGCAGAAACGUUGUCUAGUGUCUCAUGUCCCCUCCUCCCCUAGAGGUUUGUCCGUAGUUCCUUUGUCCAGAGGCGCAAAUAUAAUUCAUAUUCCAUUUUAUUUAUUAUGAUAGGUAAACGAUUGUACUUCUUCAACAGUGUCAGCAUUGCUCAUGAAGUUGAAAUUCAGAUUUGAUACACCGAUAUCAAUUUAUUUAUGUAACUAAAUCACUGUUUUAUAAACUUGUUAAUGAUUCAACUUUUUUUUUGUUUUAAUUAAAAUUAGUUUUUUGAGAGGA